UGGGCCGCUAUCACACUCCAGUAAGCUGUUGAAACGAGAUCACUUUAUUUCUUGCUUUGUUCAUAUCAAUAUCAUCAAUUCAUCACACUCUUCAUAUUCUCCAGACCAAAUUAUACAUACAGAUACAUACAACACAUUGCACAUAUCUGUGGCGACAUCCACAAUCGGUCGUAUUUCUCUUCCGUUUAAUUCGAUAUUCGCCGGCCGGAGACUCCAAAUGGCGGCUUCAAUUGCCGGAUCAGCCGUCGUCGCUUUCAAAUCCACCGGAAUUACUUCUCGUCUCUCCGGCGAACCGAAGCUACGUCGUUUUGGAACUUCUGUUCAGCUGCACAAUCAGCAAAGCUUUAGUACGGAAUGUAGAUUCACCAGCUCUUUUGCUUCGUCAGGUGUAAGAGCCCAGGUUGCAACAAUUGAGCAAGCAAGUGUUGAAGGUACAAAAACUGUGGAAGCUCCUGUUGUUGUCGUAACGGGAGCAUCUAGAGGUAUUGGCAAGGCUAUUGCUCUGGCUUUGGGGAAAGCUGGUUGUAAGGUUCUAGUUAAUUAUGCUAGGUCAUCAAAAGAGGCAGAAGAAGUUUGUAAAGAGAUAGAAGCUUCUGGUGGCCAAGCUCUUACUUUUGGGGGAGAUGUCUCGAAAGAAGCAGAUGUCGAGUCAAUGAUAAAAACUGCAGUUGAUGCAUGGGGAACUGUUGAUGUGCUAAUAAACAAUGCCGGUAUUACUAGGGAUGGAUUGUUGAUGAGAAUGAAGACUGUUCAAUGGCAGGAGGUGAUUGAUCUGAAUCUGACGGGUGUGUUCAUCUGCACACAGGCAGCAGCCAAAAUAAUGAUGAAGAAGAGGAAGGGGAGGAUCAUAAAUAUAGCAUCUGUUGUUGGUCUUGUUGGCAAUGCUGGACAAGCAAAUUACAGUGCUGCAAAAGCAGGGGUUAUUGGUUUCACUAAGGCUGUGGCAAAGGAAUAUUCAAGCAGAAACAUUAAUGUCAACGCAGUGGCUCCAGGAUUUAUUGCAUCUGAUAUGACUGCUAAGCUUGGGGAAGACAUUGAGAAAAAGAUAUUGGGAACCAUUCCCUUGGGAAGGUAUGGACAACCAGAAGAAGUGGCCGGAUUGGUUGAAUUCUUAGCUCUUAAUCCUGCUGCUGCUUACAUGACUGGACAGGUUCUCACCAUCGAUGGAGGAAUGGUGAUGUAAGAUCCUUUCCGACAAGGUCUCGCUACCUAAAUGCCAAACUAUACCUGGAUAAGUUAUAGCUGCUUGUUCGGUUGGCAGAUAUGAUUAAGAUUAAAAGGUGGAAGCAAAUGAGGCACAUUUGGCUGCAUACACCCUUUAAUAUUUCAAAACCGAAACAGAAAAAAUUAAGCAAAUUUUGUUAGAUCUUCAAUCAAUUCUUGCCUAAGCUGUUAACAUGUUAUUGUGCACCAUACAAGGGUUGUAAUAUGUAAAGUCUACAUCAAGCAGAUUACUUGCACAUCAUUAGAAAAGCUGUAUUUUGAUUCGUGUA